CCUCCGCCGCCCGCACACCGUCUCCCGGCUGAUCCUCGUCUCGGGCGGCAGCGACUUGAUAUUUGCAAAUUCCCUGCCUGACAGUAAUCAUCAUGGAUAGUGUGUUCUUAACAGAGGACAAAGCCAAUUCUGUGUUAAAAAGAUACCCGAGAGCCAACACGUUUCUGGAAGAAUUAAAGCAAGGUGACAUAGAACAUGAAUGCAGAGAAGAAAUCUGUAGCUAUGAAGAAGCAAGAGAAGCAUUUGAAAAUGAGGAAAAAACGAAGGAGUUCUGGAAAGUCUACAAAAAUGGACUUCAGGGAGAAAGUAACACAGGACAUACCUGGUAUUCAUUUUACCUUGCAUUUCCAUUAAUCAUUGGCCUUUUUGUUAUCCUCAUUGUCAUUUUUGUCAUAUGGAGAUGCCUGUUUAAAAAGAAAAUGCGUAGACAGUCGGUGUACGUGCAUAGGGGAGCCCACGAAGCGAUGGGUGAUGGUGCUGUGGCUGACGGCAGAGGUCCUCUUCCGCCGCCUCUCAGCAUUGUUCAUUCCCCACAGGAGGAAAUGUAUGAAGUCAGUGGGCUCUCUCCAGGAGGUCUGAGCUAUAUGGAUGGACAGUCAGACUCAAUAUCCACAAGGCUCUCAAACUGUGAUCCUCCUCCUUCAUAUGAGGAAGCCACUGGUGAAAUCAAUAUGAGAAGUGAAACUGAACAACAUUUAGAUCCACCCCCGCAAUAUGAAGACAUUGUGAAUUCCAGUUCAGCCAGUGCAAUUGCACUAUCUCCUGUUGUCACCAGUACUAAGUAAAGCAAGAAGAAUGCUAUGGACUUUUUAAAAAAUACUAAUCAUUUUGUAGCACUUUAUCUUGGCUUAUUAUGCAUUUCUGUAAUUUAAUGGACUUGUACAAUGAACUUCACUUUUGUUUUAGGUUCACUUGAUCUUUGGGUUUGGGAUUUUUUCCCCUACAGCAGGUCUUAAAAGAUACUGUAUUGAGAGUGUAGUACAGGUACAAAUGUGGUGCUCUGUCAUACUUCUCAAAAGUACCUCCGCUUUGAGGGAUGUCACUUGUUUUAUUCUGAACAUUGUCCACGUUCCCCACAAGAUUUGUGGAAUCUCCGUCCCCUUUCUUACUGCAGACUGUCAGAAUUGCCUGAAAUAGGGAAUCCUUAAGCAACAUUUUAGAUAGUUAUUUACACUAAAGGGGACUGAUUUUGCAGUAUUGCCUCUGGUCUGGUUGGUUCCUUUUUCUCACUUGGAUUUUUGUUACAUGCUGCACCCUAUCUUGGGCCCUUGGAAGGCUGAGAGCAGUAUGCCUUUGUGUUCAAACCAGUGUCUCGUUAGAGUAUGCUGGCUUAAUAGCAAUAAUUUCAGAGUCCUAGCAGAAGAGGUGUAUUCUAAAGCUUUUUCUAUUACAACUCAAAAUUCUGUAAAUGUUUAGAACCUAACAAUUCAAGAUACUAAUUAGUGAAUUUAAUAGUGUACUUUUUUUGUCUGUGUUCUGCCUUUCCUCUCUGUUUUCCUAUCUGUUUUUACUUGUGUAUUCUAGAGGUGAGAAGUGUGCAUAUGUUAACUUUAGAACUUGAAAGUUCAUGCAACGGUAAAUAAUGAAAUACUGAAAUACUCAAGAGUAGAUAAAAUCCUGAUCAUAGUCUUCACUGGGACCAGGAUAUUAUCCAUAAACAUAUAAACCCAAAGGUAUUACUUUCCUUUUUAAAAAGGAAAAAAAGGGAAAGCAUUCAGAGUGUGUGACUUUUUUUUUUCCCCCCAACUAUGAAAUAAAAACCCCUUCCUCAAAUCCUGAUAUUCUUUUGCCUCUUGCAUACUUACAUGUACCGUGUGUGCACCUUGCAUUGGUGGCUAUGGAAAUCUUUUGCAGAGAGUAUACCUUUUUUCAACAACAUAUACAUUUAUCACUUAGCCAUUCCAACAAGGUGCUUCUGUUGCAAAAGUUAACAAUACAUUGUAAUGAAAUAAAACUACUUACAUUUUUCAUUGUUUCUAAGAACAGUGUAGUGCUUUUAUCCGUGACAUGAAUUCUUAAAGCGCACUCCGUUCUCAGUGUGCACAAGCCUUUUUUUCACAGCUCUUAGAUUAUAGGUGGUCAUCAGAGUAAGAGGUGCUGGGAAGCAUGUUAGUCCAGGCUGGCUCCAGAAGUUGUGUGGCCAGCCUGGCUCUGCUACCUCCAGCUGUGAGCUGCAGAGUCCACCUGAUGUAGGUCAGGACCCACCCUGUUGUAUUUCUAAGAACACAACGCAGGCAUAGCCCCAAGCAUUAGUCUGGAGUGACUUUUUGAGGCUGAAGAGAUGUGGAUUUCUGUCAGAGUUGAUGCAAGUUAGAGGCUUGUACAGAAUUUCAACCACCUGGUGUAGACACUGAUGAUAGUUCAGGUGGUGCAAGCUGUAGUGUGGUGAUUCUUUUUUCCCAGCUUGAUUUAAAAGUCCAUUGUUUGGUUUAGCUUCUGAAUAUUCAUUUCAGUUUUCUUUCUUCCCACACCAAGGUAGCGGCAUUAGCUUUAGUAUUGUUCUGUGUUCUACUAAUCAGUUAGCACCAAUUGAAAUGUAUUUAGCCCUGAAGGACUGCUGUGUUAAGUUGGCUUUCUUACAACAGAAACCCAAACUGCAUCUUGUUCCAAAGACCCCAAACAAAAUGCCAGUGCCAUCCAUUUGAAAUUGCUCUUAAUGUCCGAGAUGUGUGCUGGUGUCUACCGUCUCAUGGGGGCUUGGCCUGUCUUUUCCCUAAGGAAUUUUACAGAAAGCUGUUGAAAAGAAAUGUAUGGUCAUAGAUGGGUGUCUAUAUGCACGCUUCUGUAAGAAUUUGGUAGAAUGUAUUGACAAAUGAAGUAAAGAUUUUAUGAUUAAUUUUAUGUUCUCAUUUUUGACAAAGAGUAGGUUGCCUUAGUUGUCUACUGGGGAUCUUCAGUUGCUAAGGCAAGUUGUAUUAGAAUUAAUAGAUGAACUCCAGGCCAAACUGUUGUCAAAAAGAUAACUCUUAUUUAUAUUUAUUAUAUAUAAUAGAGAUUGGGUAGAUAAAUACAAUAUGUUUUGGACACUUGUAGUAAGAAUUGCCUGGGUGUUGUUUUUUGGCUGUCUGACCUUUUCUUUUGAAGUGGUUUUAGCUCUUGUGUGUCCUGAAUUGCCACUUGUAGAAGUUAAAGCUCCUUUUAUACUGAGCAACAGUUAAUAUACUGCUUUAGGCAGACAUUACCAAAACAAAGUGCCUCAUCUCAACAUGCAGGAACCACCUCAAAAAGAGCUGGUAUGUCAGUGUCCAUGCCAUAUUGGCAUCUCCUGUGCCUGCCAGCACAGCUAGUAGUUUUAGCAGUAACUUUUUUUUGUUUGGAUAUGACUUUCCUGUAGGAAAUGCAUAGAGAUCACCCGUUUUCACAGUAGGUCAUUCAGCAGGUGUCAUCAUGCCCUGAACAUGGGCAGUCUAGCUUAGAGAUGAGCUGGCUUUUUUUUUUUCUUUCUUUUUUUAAUUACUCUAUAUUCCCCUACUACUUUUAACAGCUUUAUGUUUCUGACUCCUAAGUUGAAUGUGUUGCUGUAUCCUGUAGAUACUUUAUGUGCAAUGCAAAAAUGAUGCUUGUCUUUCCAAAAAAGCCACAACCAAAUAUCUAAAAUGAUCUGUGAGUUGAAUUUGUUGGGCUAUGCCUUUUCCAUGUACAUGAGCAUGAAAGCCAUUGUGGGCUAUAAACUUAUGUCUUGGUGAAUAAAUUUCAUAAUUAAACAAAACUUGCGUGGGACAGUUAUACAAAUGUAUUUCCUCUAAGACAUGAACAGCUUUCUCCAUGUUGGAAUAAUGUCAAAUUACGAAUUAUUUUGUUCUGUUUUGUGAAAUGUGGGAAAACAGCUUAGUCUUGUGGCUGGCUUUUCUAAUCUGAUUGUAAAAUAAAAUUUCAUUUGUAUUGGGUUUUUAUACAGCUUUUUUUUUCCAGGUCACUUAGUUGUUUUACCUAUCCUGUAAUUGCAUUGUUGUGCAAUAAAUAUUAUAAAUUUAUAGUUGUACCUCUCUAAAGGUUUUGCAAGCCUGAAUGCAGUACUGUCUUGACUGAUGACAUGAACAGGCAGGAUACUGCCUUUCCCAUUUCUGAAUAUAACAUUGAAUUUCAUUUUGUAUUAGGACUGAGAUGAUUUAUUUACUAAAACUAACUUAAAUAUAAGUGUCGCUGUUUUAAGAAAUUACGGAAAUCAAUUACUUGCUUAGAUGAUACUUAGCGUUAGUAAAGGUUGUUCUGUCUUCACUGGAUGUAAAUAACCUCUGAUUACAGUAUUGCAUAUUUUAAAGGGGUUUGGUUUACAUUAAAUUAUCCUAUUUAAACACUUUUGCCUACAUUUAUAGAAAAUUUUUUGUAACAUUUGUUUUUGGAUAUGCUAAAUAAAAUUUUUUAAGAUGCC